AACGCGCGCGCGCACCGCACGCAAAGUGCAUUCGAAAGUGAACUUUUUAUCUGGAUCGGUGCUAAGAUGGCCAUAACCUGCGACUGUCCGAUGUCGCAGCCGGGCCCCACGCUCGCGGCGACCUGCGGUGGGGGCGCCUUCAUGCUUUUUAUGGGGCUGCUUGAAGUGUUCCUGAGGAGUCAAUGUGACUUGGAGGACCCUUGUGGGAGGACACAGUACCGUCGUCACAUGGACUCUGUAUACGACUUUAUCGUGGUCGGAGGAGGAUCUGCCGGGUCUGUGGUUGCAGCCAGAUUGUCAGAAGUGCCUGAAUGGAGGGUUUUGUUGUUAGAAGCAGGAUUCGAUGAGCCAACUGGAACCCAAGUACCCUCAAUGUUUUUAAACUUCAUCGGAUCAAGUAUAGACUGGGGCUAUCAUACGGAACCAGAGCAAGCCGCUUGUCUUGGGGAAAAAGAGAGGAAAUGUUAUUGGCCGAGGGGAAAAGUGCUAGGUGGUACAUCAGUAAUGAACGGUAUGAUGUACAUUCGAGGAUCACGACAUGACUAUGACGAAUGGGCAGCUCUAGGUAACGAAGGGUGGUCCUACGAAGAUGUUCUACCAUACUUCAUGAAAUCAGAAGACAAUAAGCAAGUGGAGGAAAUGGAUCAGGGGUAUCAUGGUACUGGCGGUCCGCUGACUGUGUCACAGUUUCCUUACCACCCACCGCUUAGUCAGAGCUUGUUGAAGGCUGGAGAGGAAAUGGGUUACCAAGUCCGCGAUCUAAACGGCGAGAUCCACACGGGCUUCUCGAUCGCCCAAACGACCAACCGCAACGGUUCCCGGCUCAGUGUGGCCCGAGCCUUCCUGCGACCGGCUCGACACCGCUCCAACUUGCACGUGAUGCUCAACGCCACUGUUACCAGGGUUCUGAUCAACCAGACCACACGACAGGCAUAUGCUGUGGAAGUCAGGAACAGCUUUGGGGGAACGGAAGUUAUAUUUGCGAAUAAUGAAAUUAUAUUGAGUGGUGGUGCAGUAGCGACCCCUCAGAUCCUCCAGCUCAGUGGUGUUGGAGACCCCGAGGUAUUAUCUCGAGCUGGAGUUCCACUUGUUCACAAACUGCCCGGAGUGGGACAGAAUCUGCACAACCAUGUGACACAUUUCCUGAGUUUCACUAUGAAUGAUAAUAAUACCGCGCCUUUGAACUGGGCGACUGCUAUGGAGUAUCUGCUGUUUAGAGAUGGGCUUAUGUCUGGGACAGGAAUAUCCGAAGUGACAGGAUUCAUAAACACCAAAUACGCGAACCCAGAAGAAGACAACCCAGAUAUCCAGAUGUUCUUCGGCGGUUUCCUCGCAGACUGUGCCAAAACUGGCAUGGUUGGGGAGAAACUUGGAGAUGGUUCUAGAAACAUCCAGAUGUUUCCAGCCGUUCUGAGACCAAAGAGCAGAGGCAGAAUUGAGAUAGCCAGUGCUGAUCCGUUUGCUCAUCCCAAGAUUUACGCCAACUACCUCACCCACCCGGACGACGUAAAAGUCCUAAUCGAGGGCAUAAAAUUCGCGAUCAAGUUAUCCGAAACCAAAGCGCUCAAGAGCUAUGGUAUGAAAUUGGACAAGACGCCGGUGAAGGGCUGUGAGGGCUAUAGAUUUGGUUGUGACGCGUACUGGGAGUGCGCGGUCCGGGUACAAACCGGGCCCGAGAACCACCAAGUGGGGUCCUGUCGUAUGGGGCCGAGGGGCGAUCCCAUGGCCUGUGUUGAUCCGCUGUUACAGGUACAAGGCAUAGACCGUCUCCGUGUAGCGGACGCAAGUGUAAUGCCACGCGCUCCGUCGGGCAACACGAACGCGCCGGCGGUGAUGGUCGGCGAGCGCGCCGCGGACUUCAUCAAGCGGCGCUGGCUCGGCCAGCACCGGAUACCUUAUCAAGCUGACCAAGGAGGAAUAUCAAAUAUUCUUAGUGUUAGCGAAAGCAGAUAUCCCGGCUGGCAACCAUGGCGAUAAAUUAUUUAAAAACAAAUUUGGUAAAUCCAAAAGUGCACAGAUUAUAAUGCUCA